AUGGGUACUAAAAGCUUUCUAGGGUGCAUCUUCCUGACUCUCCUUCUCAACCUCUGCCAAGCUGGGCUGGUGAGAAAAAUACUUAGGCAUAAACGGACGACCCUGACAACCCCCGGCGGAGACAAUGUGACCCUGACCAGCGCUGACCAACCAGUGGUCUUCAACCACGUCUACAACAUCAAUGUCCCCACCGGCUCCUUGUGCUCAGUGGACCUGGAUGCCCCAGGAAACACCAGCCUUGAGCCCCAGGACGCAGCUCAGCCUUCAGGCCUCCGCACCACCGAACAUACCCUGGAUGGGCAGAACCAGAUAGUUUUCACUCACCGCAUUAACAUUCCUCAGCAGGAGUGUGCAUGCACUGAUGGGCUCCCGGAUCUGAAGGACCUCCUGGGCAGGUUGGAGAUGCUGGAGGGAGAGGUGUCCACGCUGAGAGAUCAAUGCACUACUGGAGACGCUGGCUGCUGCAGCGCUCAGCCAGUCACAGGUACUGUAUACGUGUCAACCUAAUCACCCCCAGCUUCUGAUUGGCUCAUUCAACCCCUUUCCUAGUAUAGCAUACUUAGGAUGACUGUCACCCAUAGAGAAUGAUAGAGGACUCAUCAUUGUAUCUGUCCCAUCAUGGUGUAUGUGAGCAUAAGGGCAGUGCCAUUGAGGCCAUCUCCAUUUUGAAGUAGUACAUCUUCUUCUUCUACUACUUCUAUGUGUUGGUAAACAAACUGAAAGGGUAUAUACUGCCACCUGGAGUGAGUUUGAACAGGUAUAAAGCCAAGGUUAGUGAUUUACUGUCACCUGCAGUUAUGGAAUGUUUGCUCACAAGUAUAAUGAAUUGGCUGAUCCCUCCUGAUGACCUGGAUGGAAUUAUGUGAUCCUUCCUUAACCCAUAGGAAGUCCCACCCAGUUGACCACUUCAAAAUGGUGAAAGUCCUGAAUGGCGCUGCCCAUGCUACAAUGGACUUUUGGGCAUUAGAGUCCUCUAUCAUUCUCUAUGCUGUCACAUCACCUCUCCUUCCUUCAGAGGCAUAUCUAUUUUACUCAACCUCUAGGAAGCGUCAAUGGAAUUGAAUGUGGGAUUGGGUUUAGCAGUGGUUUCUCUUUUACACCAUAGGGAAAGGGAAUGACCAUAGACAUACUCAGUGCUGAUUUGUACUGUAGGUUGUUAUUCAGAACAUAAUUGUCCUGUCUAUGAUUACAGUCCUCUCUUGAUUACAAUAUUUUAAAAUUACAUUUGUUAGCAAAGUGAAAAGGGGGAAGAGGGGAAUUAUGAUUCAGAGGGUUAUAAUCUCUAAACUGCUCUUUUAGGUGAGGUGGGGACCAAGCCUUACUGCAAUGGCCGUGGAAACUACAGUGCUGACACCUGUGGUUGCAUUUGCGAGCCUGGCUGGAAGGGACCCAACUGCACCGAGUCUGAAUGCCCCAACAACUGCCAGGACCAAGGUCGCUGUGUGGACGGGAAGUGCGUCUGCUUUGAGGGCUUUGGCGGGGAUGACUGUUCACUCAAGGUUUGCAAAGUGGACUGUGGUGGGAACGGACAAUGCAUUGGCGGGGUCUGUGUCUGUGCCGAGGGUUACAAUGGAGAGGACUGUUCUCAGACAGACUGCCUGAACAACUGCCUAAGCCAUGGAAAGUGUGUGGACGGGGAGUGUGUGUGUGAAGAGCCCUGGACGGGCUACGACUGCUCCGAACUCAUCUGCCCCAAUGACUGCUACGACCGCGGCCGCUGCGUCAACGGAACCUGCUACUGCGAAGAAGGAUUCACCGGGGAGGACUGUGGGGAGAAAACCUGCCCAAGCGACUGCCUGGGAAAUGGUUUCUGUGUGGACGGCCAGUGUGUCUGCAGCGCUGGCUAUACUGGAGAGGACUGCUCCGAGCUCACUUGCCCCGGUGACUGCAAUGAUAGAGGUGUCUGCUUCAACGGCAUGUGUAUCUGCAAUGCUGGCUACCAAGGAGAGGAUUGUAGCCAGCUGGCUUGCCCCAACAACUGCCACAACAGGGGACAGUGUGUCAACGGACAGUGCAUCUGCAAUGUAGGCUACCAGGGAGAGGACUGCUCUGAGCUCUCCUGCCCCAACAACUGCCUCAACCGGGGCCGCUGUGUCAAUGGACAGUGUGUGUGCGAUGAAGGGUUCGGUGGUGAGGACUGCAGCAUCAAGACCUGCCCCUCGGACUGCUACGGCAGUGGAGACUGUGUGGAUGGCCGGUGUGUCUGCUAUGCUGGCUUCACCGGUGAGGACUGCAGCGAGCUGAGCUGCCCCAACAACUGCCUGAGCCGCGGACGCUGCGUUGACGGGCAGUGCGUCUGCGACGAGGGCUUCACAGGGGAAGACUGCACUGAGAAGCACUGUCCCAAUGACUGCCUGGGCCGGGGAUACUGCGUGGAUGGCAAAUGUGUCUGCCAGGAGGGCUAUGCGGGUGUUGACUGCUCUGAACUCACCUGCCCUGAUAACUGCAACAACAGGGGGCACUGUGUUAAUGGGAAGUGCAUGUGUGAGGUGGGAUACGUGGGAGACAACUGUGGAGAGCUGAGCUGCCUCAACAACUGCCAGGACAAGGGCCGCUGUGUGAAUGGACAUUGUCUCUGUGAUGAGGGAUACACUGGAGAAGACUGCUCAGAAGGUAAGAACGGUUUCAUUCAACUGACCCAUUGUUUGAGAGAAACAUAAACUAUGGAUAUUUUAGUUAAGUUCAAUUCAGUACAUUUUCUGCUUUCUGCUUGAUAUUUCCAUGUGCUUGCUGAAUGCCACAUUAAUUCCAAUUACUUAUUUUUCUGCAAUUUUUUAUACUCAAAACGUAAUCAAAUCCCAAAAUAAAGAGAAACCAUUUAAAUUCAUUUGAAAGAGAUUUUGAGAAAAGGAUUAAAAGUUCCAUUAUCAUUUACUCUGAUGCCAAAAGCUGUGUAUUUAAGUCUGUACUUCUGUCUCAAAGAUCUUUGGCAGUCCAGACCACUGCCAGAUGUGAGUCUGGAGAAAGCAUUUGCUUUGUGUAGAGGAUUGUUAGUGGCUGAGGGCAUGUGAAACCAAGUGUCUGAGACAAUAAAAAGGUCAGACUAUUUCCUGUCUCUCUCUUUUUCUUUCUUUCUCGCUCUCUCUAGUUUCCCCUCCAAAGGACCUGACUGUAACAGAGGUCACCACCGAUACAGUGGAUCUGACCUGGAACAAUGAGAUGCUGGUGACAGAGUAUCUGAUUGCCUAUGUGCCCACUAGUCCUGGGGGUCUGUACCAGGAGUUCAGAGUGCCCGGAGACAAGACUGCUGCCACAGUCAGCGAGCUGGAACCCGGCAUCGAGUACCUGAUCAACGUCUAUGCCAUCCUCAGCAACAAGAAGAGCAUCCCAAUCAGCGCCAGGGUGGCCACACGUAGGUCAUACCAUCUUAAUGGAGCUCAUGUAAUUAAAAAUCAUUCCUAAGAUCUGAAGACUUGGGUCGCUGAGCAGUCUGAGUUCAUGGGAAUGUGGUCCUCUUUAGACUGUCAGGAAAAUACAAUUUGCACAUAUUAACCAUAAUCAAAAUGCUAUCCGGUACAGUGGAGAAACUUUCACAGCACAAUGUUUACACAAGGCUUUCCUUUUAGAAUAGGUGAUAAAAAAUAUAAAUAAACAUUUCAUUGAUGCUUUACAAUGUUUAAAACCCCACACUGUCUCGAUGCACAAUAUUUUGGCAUCAGGCAUAAUAUAUUCCUUUGUCUCACUCUGUCCUGUCAGAUCUACCGGAGCCAGAUGGCUUGAAGUUCAAAUCGGUGAGGGACACCUCAGUAGAGGUGUUGUGGGAUCAGCUGGACAUUCCCUUUGAUGCCUGGGAGCUCUAUGUCCGCAACACGGUCAGUCUGUCCAUCUCUCUGCAAGAGAUCUCUGCUAGGUCUUGCCUAGGAUUUCCCUAAACAGCAGGGACAAGACAACAGAUUUGCACAAGCUGGCUUUGCUCUUCUAGUGAGAUGUUGGCAUGCUUGGCUAGUUAUCAUGUCCAGUAAAGUAGCAACAGCAAUCAGGGUUGAGGUCAGUUCAGUUUUCAAUUCAGCCAACUCAAAAAAUGUAACACACACAACAAACCACAAAUUGCCAUCACACUACUAAAGCGUGCUGUACUUUACACAUUACACAAUGAUGUUGAUGUGAACCGGUACAUGGAAAAUAACUGUGCAUUGCCUCAGAUCACAAAUCUGAGGGCUUAUUGUUACUCACAGGCUUUCUGCUCAGCUGCAAUAUGGCAAAGGUCUGGGCAACCAUAAACCAUAAAUCCCUUCUUCUUGUCCAUGAGUACAUUUUCACAAAGGGCUGUGUAACCUUGUUUUAACACUCCUCAGGGAGGUCUCGGGCUGCCAGGAAAUGCUCAGUGGUGUUUAUUCCUUUCACUGUCCUUAUCCCAUUCUCCUGUACACUUUGGCUUUAUUGCCCCCAUACAUAAAAUGUAAAGGACCUGUAAUCGAUGAUCAGCACUCAAUCACUAUCACCAUGUGCCAAAUGGGAUGUGUUUGCAGCAUUCUUAUGUGAGGCAAUCAAAGACUUACAAAACAUUCUGCUGCAAAAAAUGACAUAUUGUAAUAAUUGGUAUUGUUUAACUCAACAUUAACUGUGUGAAAGAUUUAUUUCCUUGAUCCAAAGGAAACAUUGACGUGGCUUACCUCAGACUGUUGGGUAUGUAUGAUACCAGAAAUAGUGUUGUUUUAAAACCGUAUAUGUCUUUGACCUUUCAGAAAGAGGAGAAUGGGAAGAUCCUGACAACCCUUCCAUCCUCCCAGACUAUGUAUAAGCAGUCAGGGCUCGGUCCUGGUCAGGAGUACGAGGUCUCAGUGGGCGUCAUCAAGAACAAUACCAGAGGACCUCAGUCUACUAAAAUCAUCACUACCAGUAAGCUUACACCACAUUUUAAUGUGUGUAAUGUGUUUUUUCCCAGCCCGGUGUAGAUCUGCAUGUGCCAACUAAGAAGCCAACUCUUCUGACAUUGUCAUGCCUUACAUGAAUGAAUCUGGACCAGGCUACUCCCAUUCAUCUUGGCGACUACACAUAUCCCAUGGGUUAGAUAAGGAAAAUCCUUACAUCUCACAAAUCACACAAGCAGACAGAGGAACAACUGAAUAGACCAAUUUAACUGUCAGUCAUAGUAUUAGGUCUAUAUGGAAAAAGGGGCUAAACUCCCAUUGUCAUUUUACACAGUUAAAUGUAAGUAUUUUUGCAGAAGUGAACUACGCUGAAUUUCAGGCCAACCUGCAUUUUACAAUAGAGAGUCUUUGUAUUUUUCAAGGAGCCCUGCCAUAAACUCUUGACAGGGGUUUACCGUAGCUGUUCCUGCACACUGUUACUCCAUACAUUAUGGUCAAAUGCUCCUCUUAAUUUAUGGAAUAGGAAUUGCUUUCUAGCAUGAACUACCUCCUUGUGCAUGGAAAAGCCAUUUCAUUUACAAUUCCUCAUUGAUGGACCCUGUAAAUAUCUUCUCCUUUUGACUCCUGCAUAAUUUAUUUGCUGGCUUAAGAUCAGCACAUCUUUCAGGAAUGAUGAAUGAUAGAAGUUGGUGAUCAAGGCUAUAUGAACCUAAAUGGCCUAUAUCACACACUGACGUCACCACAGAACAGAAUUGAGCAAUUUCUCCUGUGAAAAUAAAUCAGGAAUUUACCAAAGAUCCUAUCAGAACACAGAACAGUGACAUCACAACCAAACAGUCAGAUUAACCAAACUUAAUGACAUUUGUUAUGCCAUAAUUAUAACAUGUUGUGCAGGUCUUUAAAUGUAGUUAAAAUAAAACCAAUACUCUUUGUGUCCUUGUGUCUUUUGCCCUAAGUGAUCGCUUAAAAAUGCAUGGGAUCAUUGUCCAUAACAAAUAGAACAUAACAGCCUAUGCACAGAUCGGUCAUCCUCCUUGUGCCUCUCUCCCCCAGGGAUUGAUGGGCCCAGACAGGUAGAGGUUCGUGACGUGACAGACUGCUCGGGCUUAGUCACCUGGUUCCAUCCCGUGGCCCAGGUGGACGGUGUCACCGUGUCCUACAGCCCCAGCUCUGACCCCACAGAGAGGACCAGCGUGGACCUGUCCACCUCAGACAAACAGUACAGCAUCGACAGUCUCAGCCCAGACACUGAGUACCAGGUGUCCCUGGUCUCCAGGAGGGGAGACACCACCAGCGAGCCAGUCUCUGAGAUAUUCACCACAGGUAGGGGCAUUAUUAUGUCCAAUCCUGAUAAGUUCACUCCUGAUAAGUGUAAACUGUGUUUGAUUAAACUAAAUUUUUACUAACUUUUUUAAAGUGUUCCUGAUAACAGCAUGCGCUGGUUUACUGCACGCUUGGAUUUAUCAAGAGUUGACUGUAAACAGUCCUUAUUGUACUCCUUUCUUCUUCUUGCAUUGUUACAGACCUGGACGCCCCCAAGGACCUGCAGCCCCUGGGCCAGACAGACAACAGCGUCACACUGGAGUGGAGAAACAGCCGGGCAGAUGUUGACAGCUACAGGGUGAAGUACAGCCCCAUCUCUGGGGGUUCCCAUGGCGAGGAGGUGUUCCCCCGUGGGUCAGGAGACAACACUCAGGCCACCAUCACUGGUGAGGGUCAACCAUGACCAAAUCUUAACAUGCAAUUUUGUCAGUAGAAGGUAUACGUUUUUUUUGCAAGUUAGGAUUUGCUAUGACAAUCACAACAUAGUUAUUCUUUAUGCCAAUCAAAUCAGGUACUUAAAAACAUCUAUGUUCUUCUCGAUUACAGGACUGAAGCUAUUCAGGUAAUCAGGUACUCAAAUCCAUCUCUGUUCUCCCUAAUUAUAGGAAUGAAACCGGGUACAGAAUACGGGAUUGGUGUGACCGCCGUGAAGAACGAGAGGGAGAGCCUGCCUGCCACUACAAAUGCAGCCACCGGUGAGUGCAUACGUCAACACAUUCUCAUAGGAUAGCCACUGUUCAAAAGCUGUCCAAAUACCCACCACCACAGUGACCACACACUCUGCAGCUGUAGAUACAACUUUCAAUGCAAACACAUUAUUAGGCAACAAUAUGAGGCAAACAUAGGAUAUUUAUGAGGUUCUGAUAUUUCCAAGUGCUUUGGCAAACAAACUUGUAAAAAGCAAGUUAAAACCUCAGGACUACAUGGGGCAGAUGUAAUAGAAGAGAAUGAAAUAUGAUCCAAGAUGGCGUAGCAGUGCGGUCGUAUUUUCUGUAGUGUCCUUGUGUAAAUAGCCAGUUUUUUAGUGUUUUGUCUAUUUUGUUUAUAUUUUUCAAUUUUACUUUUCAUUCUUUAACUAAAUAUACUUUCCUGCAACCCGCCUCACCCAACGUGGAAAGGAUUCUAUUAUUUCUUUAUAACUUUUAUCAAGAACCAUAAGCUGAAACUAGUCUAGCUGCAACCGAAUGGCUGUGGUAGCCAGCUAGCUAGCUACUUGCUAUUAGCCACCGUUAGCGUCUUCACCAUUGUAAGUGCCCUGCACUACCCACCAGCCAGCUCUAGCUCUAGCCUGGACAAUUUGUCGGCCAGUCUGCACAGCGUGCUAUCGACCCAGAGCAUAUCGUAUUUUCUGCUGGAAUCACUGGACCCUAGCGCCGGAUCAUCGCAACCAGCUAGCUGCAACCAAAUGGCUGUUGUCGUUGGCUAAUUACCAUUGCCCCUUAGCAAGCACCAGUUAGCCUUGAGCUAGCCUUGAGCCAGGCCCAUCUCCUGGCUAUCUACCUCUCUGUCAACCAGACGGGACCUCCUAGUGUUGACACGGAGCCCCGCCGAUCCAACACGACUGGUUUGCCGAUGAAAUCGUCUGAUGUGGUUUCAACAGGCUUCCCGUUACGACGUCGACCACGAAGAUCCAUCUGCUAGCCCCGGCCUGCUAGCACACGCAAGCCGGGCCUCUUGCUCGCCAGUGCUGUAGCAGCACCCGAACUACCUAUGAACUCUCCUAUUGCUGUUCUCCGGACCUUAUGAUAACUCAGCUAUACAGCUGAUGCCUGCUGGACUGUUCCUUUAUACGGUACCACAUCCUGUUUAUGUUUAGCCUCAGCCCAAACUUUAUCGCCAUUACCAGCUGUUGUCUUAGCUCUCUUGAAUAACACCUGUGAUUGCUUUAUGCCUCUCUCCCAUGUCAAUAUGCCUUGCUUAUUGCUGUUUCGGUUAUUUCUUAUUGUACUAUUUCACUGUAGAGCCCCUAGCCCAGCUCAACCUGCCUUAGACAGCUCCUUUGUCCCACCCCCCAUACACGCGUAGACCGACUCAAUCGGUGCCUCCAGUGAUGCUAUCUCUUUCAUCGUUACCCAACGCUUAGGUUUACCUCCACUGUACUCAUAUCCUUCAAUAUCCUUGGCUGUACAUAAUGCCCUGAAUCUAUUCUACAUUGCCGGGAAAUCUGCCCCUUUUUUUCUCUGUACCCAACGCACUAGAAGACCAGUUCUUAAAGCCUUUAGCCGUAUCCUUAUUCUACUCCUCCUCUGUUCCUCUGGUGAUGUAGAGGUAAACCCAGGCCCUGUAGCCCCCAGUAUCACUCCUACUCCCCAGGCGUUAUCAUUUGUUGACUUCUGUAACCAUAAAAGCCUUGGUUUCUUGCACGUUAACAUCAGAAGCCUCCUCCCUAAGUUUGAGUUAUUCACUGCGUUAGCACACUCCGCCAACCCUGAUGUUCUAGCAGUGUCUGAAUCCUGGCUUAGGAAGGCCACCAAAAAUGCAGAAAUGUCCAUCCCCAACUACAACAUUUUCCAUCUCGAUAGAACUGCCAAAGGGGGUGGGGUUGCAAUCUACUGUAGAGAUAGCCUGCAGAGCUCUAUCAUACUAUCCAGGUCUGUGCCCAAACAGUUUGAGCUUCUACUAAAAAUCCACCUUUCCAGAAAUGUCUCUCACUGUUGCCACUUGCUACAGAAUCCCCUCAGCCCCGAGCUGUGCCCUGGACACCAUAUGAGAACUGAUUGCCCCCCAUCUAUCCUCAGAAUUUGUACUGCUUGGUGACCUAAACUGGGAUAUGCUUAACACCCUGGCCAAACUACAAUCUAAACUAGAUGCCCUCAAUCUCACACAAAUGAUCAACGAACCUACCAGGUACAACCCAAAAUCUGUAAACAUGGGCACCCUCAUAGAUAUCAUCCUGACAAAUGUACCCUCUAAAUACACCUCCACUGUCUUCAACCAGGAUCUCAGCGAUCACUGCCUUAUUGCCUGCGUCCGUAAUGGGUCCGCGGUCAAACGACCACCCCUCAUCACUGUCAAAUGCUCCCUAAAACACUUUAGCGAGCAGGCCUUUCUAAUUGACCUGGCCCGGGUAUCCUGGAUGGAUAUUGACCUCAUUCCGUCAGUAGAGGAUGCCUGGUUGUUCUUUAAAAGUGCUUUCCUCUCAAUCUUAAAUAAGCAUGCCCCAUUCAAAAAAUUCAGAACUAAGAACAGAUAUAGCCCCUGGUUCUCCUCAGACUUGACAGCCCUUGACCAGCACAAAAACAUCCUGUAGCGUCCUGCAUUAGCAUCGAACAGCCCCUGCGAUAUGCAACUUUUCAGGGAAGUCAGGAACCAAUAUACACAAUCAGUUAGGAAAGCAAAGGUUAGCUUUUUCAAACAGAAAUUUGCAUCCUGUAGCACUAACUCCAAAAAGUUUUGGGACACUGUAAAGUCCAUGGAGAAUAAGAGCACCUCCUCCCAACUGCCCACUGCACUGAGGCUAGGAAACACUGUCACCACCGAAAAAUUUACAAUAAUCGAGAAUUUCAACAAGCAUUUUGCUACGGCUGGCCAUGCUUUCCAUCUGGCUACCACUACCCCGGCCACCAGCUCUGCGCCCUCCACUGCAACUUGCCCAUGCCCCCCCCCCCCCGCUUCUCCUUUACACAAAUUCAGACAGCUGAUGUUCUGAAAGAGCUGAAAAAUUGGGACCCAUACAAAUCAGCUGGGCUAGACAAUCUGGAACCUUUCUUUCUAAAAUUAGCCGCCGAAAUUGUCGCAACCCCUACUACUAGCCUGUUCAACCUCUCUUUCGUAACGUCUGAGAUCCCCAGAGAUUGGAAAGCUGCCGCGGUCAUCCCCCUCUUCAAAGGGGGUGACACUCUAGAUACAAACUGUUACAGACCUACAUCCAUCCUGCCCUGCCUUUCGAAAGUUUUUGAAAGCCAAGUUAACAAACAGAUCACCGACCAUUUUGAAUCCCACCGUACCUUCUCCGCUAUGAAAUCCAGUUUCCGAGCUGGUCAUGGGUGCACCUCAGCCACGCUCAAGGUCCUAAACGAUAUUAUAACCGCGAUCGAUAAAAGACAGUACUGCGCAGCCGUCUUCAUCGACCUGGCCAAGGCUUUUGACUCUGUCAAUCAUCGCAUUCUUAUUGGCAGACUAAAUAGCCUUGGUUUCUCUAAUGACUGCCUCGCCUGGUUCACCAACUACUUCUCAGAUAGAGUUCAAUGUGUCAAAUCGGAGGGCCUUCUGGCAGUCUCUAUAGGGGGUGCCACAGGGUUCAAUUCUCGGGCCGACUCUAUUCUCUGUGUAUAUCAAUGAUGUCGCUCUUGCUGCUGGUGACACUCGGAUCCACCUCUAUGCGGGACGACACCAUUUUGUAUACAUCUGGCCCUUCAUUGGACACUGUGUUAACAAACCUCCAAACGAGCUUCAACGCCAUACAACACUCCUUCCGUAGCCUCCAACUGCUCUUAAACACUAGUAAAACUAAAUGCAUGCCCUUCAACCGAACGCUGCUUGCACCCGCCCACCCGACUAGAAUCACUACUCUCGGCGGGUCUGACCUAGAGUAUGUGGACAACUACAAAUACCUAGGUGUCUGGUUAGACUCACAUUAAGCAUCUCCAAUCAAAAGUUAGAUCUAGAAUCGGCUUCCUAUUUCGCAACAAAGCCUCCUUCACUCAUGCUGCCAAACAUGCCCUCGUAAAACUGACUAUCCUACCGAUCCUUGACUUCAGCGAUGUAAUUUACAAAAUAGCCUCCAACACUCUACUCAGCAAAUUGGAUGUAGUCUAUCACAGUGCCAUCCGUUUUGUCACCAAAGCCCCAUAUACUACCCACCAUUGGGACCUAUGCGCUCUUGUUGGCUGGCCCUCGCUACAUAUUCGUCGCCAAACCCACUGGCUCCAGGUCAUCUAUAAAUCACUUCUAGGCAAAUCCCCAUCUUAUCUUAGCUCACUGGUCACCAUAGCAACACCCACCCGUAGUCUGCGCUCCAGCAGGUAUAUCUCACUGGUCAUCCCCAAAGCCAACACCUCCUUUGGCCGCCAUUCCUUCCAGUUCUCUACUGCCAAUGACUGGAACGAACUGCAAAAAUCUCUGAAGCUGGAGACUCUUAUCUCCCUCACUAACUUUAAGCGUCUGUUGUCAGAGCAGCUUACCGAUCACUGCACCUGCACACAGCCAUUCUGAAAUUAGCCCAUCCAACUACCUCAUCCCCAUUUUGUUAUUUAUUUUGCUAAUUUGCACCCCAGUAUCUCUAUUUGCACAUCAUCUUUUGCACAUCUAUCAUUCCAGUGUUAAUACGAAAUUGUAACUUUUGCACUAUGGUCAUAUUUAUUGCCUUACCUCCAUAAUGUACUACAUUCGCACACACUGUAUAAAUAUUUUCUGUUGUAUUUUUGACUUUAUGUUUUGUUUACCCCAUAUGUAACUCUGUGUUGUUGUUUUUAUCGCACUGCUUUGCUUUAUCUUGGCCAGGUCGCAGUUGUAAAUGAGAACUUGUUCUCAACUGGCUUACCUGGUUAAAUAAAGGUGAAAUAAAAUAAAAUAAAAUAAAAAUGAAAGAACUGUACUAUACUAUCCACGUUUGAAACAGAAAAAUUAUGUUCUGCCUUUCACUACCCUAUGAGUUUUACUAAAGGCUGGAUCAUUGCUGAUUGAAAACUUGACCACUUUCCUCCACAGAUCUCGAUGGGCCCAAGGACUUGGAAGUGAGCGAGUCCACAGAGACCAGCAUGACCCUGGUGUGGAGGAGACCCAGAUCCAAGAUCACUGUCUACAGGCUGGUGUACAUCUCCAGGGAUGGCCGGAGGGAGGAGGUGGAGGUCCCUGGAACAGCCACCACCUACAUCCUGACCAACCUGACCCCUGGCAUGCUGUACACCAUUACCCUGGUCGCUGAGAGGGGCUCAAAGAAGAGCACACCCGUAACCCUGUCCGCAUCUACAGGUGAGGGUUCAAACAGGAUCUCUACAACUGACUCCACCCUCGUAUUGCAAGGUACAAAUAUGUGUGGGUGAUCCGUAAAGAAAAUUGUUUUAGUUCUGUUUCAGGCAUGGAUAAAAUCCAUAGUAUCAGGUGGGAAACAUUGAACAUGCUAAGUGCUAAAUGUAUGGCUCCUUUUGCACUGCUAACAGUUUGAAUUGCAUUUUAUAAUCCUAAAAGAAACAUAAAGAAAGACAUCUGCUCUUCUGGCUUGAGAUGCAAUAGCUUCACCAAUCCAAACAUAUGUCAGAACACAAGCUCUUUCUCAGAUACAUACCAAUAUUUGAUCGAAGAAUGUGGAAUUACUAAGGGCAACAGUCUGGUAGUUGUAGGCUAUAACUUACUUUAAUAGGGGGGGCAGAAAUGGACAGCACUGCGGUCAACAGUAACAGUGCAGUAAGACACACAACCUCUAAAUGCUCCCUUAUCUGAAUUUGUGCAUUUUUGUUUCUGUUGAGGCAUCUUUAACAUUUUAUUUAGCCGACCCGGUCCCUGAGCUUACCACUCUCAUAUGAUCAGAGGACAUUAGCUUUGUGUCGUUAGACACCACAGACCCAGUCACACAGAUCUCAGGGAUGGGGCUUGAGCUUGAGUAUUAGCUGGGAGAGCUGACUGUCUCAGUUGAAACGUCCGAAGGAUUUGAACUCUCGUGGGAACCAAAGGCACAUGUUGUCUAUGAUAGUUAUAUUGUAGAAUGUAGAGACACUCUGGGAUUAUGAGUUGUAAAAGAGGUCCAUCUCUGUGGAGAUGCCACCUGUUCUAGAAUUUGAGGCCUGAGGGAAUCCACAGAAUAUCGAGUAAAGCUUUAUGGAGUAAGCAAAAGCUAAAAUAUCCUUGCCACUUGAAGCAGUUUCUUUUGAGCUGCAUGCCUUCAGUAUGAUAGAUAUCCUUUUGUUGUUGAAAGAUCUCUCAUUUUAAGUCUACCUGGAUAAAAACAUUAGGAUUUGAAUGAAAGAGUUGCAAAGUUCAAAAUCAAGCCUUUCAUGUUUUGCAUGAUGGUAUUGCGAUUUUAAACUGCAAUGGAACAGAUAGUAUGCAUGGCAUGAUGAUAGAGGUUUGCGACAAUUCCAUCUUUACAAAAUGGCCAUUUGGCUUCACUCCAUCUAGUCACUUCUUGCAUGCUGAGGAUGGCAGUCCUAAAACAGAGAGUGUUGCUUUCAAACUAUGAAGAUGAAUCCAUGCCAUUUCUAUUCCAUAGCAAUUCAGAUGAAGGACAUUCAUAAAAUUGGUUAUAGCAAAUAUAGCAAUGCAUACUGUGACUGUAAAUGCUGUCAUUUGCAGGGCAUAAUUUGUGACUUAAUGUCAGCAACAAUACUAUCUAUGGGUUGUUUAAAAACACCUUGUGAAAAUAGAAAAGUUGAUACCUUAGCUGAAGAGAUAAAGCAUUAAGAAAAUCUGUCUUCCUCGGAAUGGCUAUUUCAGUGGUCACAACCACUCCACUGUUUCCCUCCAGAUCAGCAUGACAUUCAGAAAAGUCGAUUAGACUACAUUUGCACACCAAUUUACUCCUUCAUUAGAGAUUUUAAAAGCAACCAUUUGCUCUCUGUAGGUAUACACCAUGUUCCGAAAAAUCCAUCACUGUCAUUGCUUGCGACCCCAUUCACAUUGCAUUUUCAUCCACAGAUGUUCACGGUAAAGGAUAAUGUUAUAGUGUACUUUGCAUCUUGAACUAACUACACAGGACCCACAGCAACAAGACUCUCAAAUUGAGCCCUAUGGUGUUUGAGCAGGGUUCUGUUCCAUUAUCAACAUUAGCAUACCACAUAGUGCUUACUGUAUGUAUAGAUAUUGAAACGCAGACAAAGUCAUAGGAUAACUUUGGCAGUGCAUGGCUUCUUCAUCCGUUUGAAGUGUACUGGGUACUGUCACUACGGUGGACUACUCGGAACCUUCAAAAAUUAAUGGCCCUCGUUCAGGGGACAUUAAUGCAUGAGCUGCUCAGUGUAAACGUACGUCUCUGAUGCAUGUGGACGUUUAUGGUCUCUGACAACAAAGGACCUGCACAGUUCCAUAGAGAGAAAAUGGGGAUGAAUGCAGAAUUAUCACUUCUAAACCACAAUAGGACAAAGUUAGACAAAAGAUAAUGAACAUUUUGUUACUGUAAUCAAUCAUUGUGUUUUUGUGGGUAUUUAUGUUUCAGUUUUUUACUCCACCAAUUAUUUAUUCUAUCCAGAUCUUCUUCACACAGGUUAACCACUCUUUUUGUUUUUCUUCUGCCCUCAAGAGGUUACAGGUUACACAUUUAAUCCUUCUGAAUGUACUUUGAUUUAGCACCCAAGUCUACCACUCCUGAUGUAGUCGCUCUGAGUGUCAAAUAUGCUCCAACGACACAGUCUCCUGACACAGGAGCUGUGUAUCCAACAGUCCUUCCCCUGGCUCCUCUGAUCACAGAGGGGCCUCCAUCUCCAUCUCUGUUCUCUACAGGGGACAUCCUUUCUGGGGCUGAACCUGAACCAGAGGGCUCCAGCUCCAGCCUGGAGAUCCUAGGGGACCACCUGGUCAGCCCCAGAUGAAGCCGUUGAUAGCUUUUUGGUGGAAGUGAAUGCUCUGUCAGGGAUGGCACAAUUUCAUGUGACUAAGGUACCAGGAAGUGCCAAGAAGGCCCAAAAUAGAAGGCUUGUCCCUGGGACACGAUAUUAGGUUUCAUUGUAUGGGAAGGUGGAGGGGGAGCAGUCUCUGCCUCUUCAAUCUCAUGCCAAUACAGGUACACAUAGCAGUGAUUCUUUGCCAUAGACAUCCAUAGCCAUCGGUCAUCUCUCGCUCUCUCUCCAUCCCAUCCUUAUUCAUUUCAUACAUCCUCCAAUUCAUCCACCUGUCUUUGUAUUAAUGUGUUCCGUGUCAUCAUAAGUGACUAAGAAAGUUCUGCUGAAACACAUCACAGUUUAAUCCCUGCAAUACAUUGUAUAGUUGAUGUGAAAUGUCAAUAUAACAUACUGUACAUGGGAUAUAAAAUAUGAUGUGAAAAAUCUAUUUAUGAUAUAUUUCACAUAUAUUUAAUUGACUCUACUAUGAUCUGUUUCUCUGCUAGAGGAGCUGAGGCCUGUGGUGGCCAACCUCACAGUCUCUGACGUGACAUGGGACAGCUUCAAUGUGUCCUGGACUCCCGAGGACGGAGAGUUUGAGAGCUUUGUCAUUGAGGUGACAAACUUACAGGAAGGUUUAGAGAGCGAGAACCUCACCUUGUCUGGUGAUGCCUUCAGCCUGAGCAUUUCUGGCCUGAGUCCUAACACUUCAUAUAGGAUUGGCCUGUACGGGCUCCACCAGGGCUCCUUCCAGGAGCCGGUGUAUACCGAAGUCACUACAGGUACCUGUGAAUGGAGGUGUCCCCCAGGGUUCUGUCCUUAUCGCUCUUUCUUUCUUACUUUUUCCUCUUUCUUCACUGUGCCUUUUGUAUAGAUUUUUUCUAUUCCAGUUGGGAUCCGUGGUGAGCCACACACACACACACACACACACCUCUGCCUGUUUCCAUUCACACUUAAGCAUUCACAGCACUGUACUUAGCAAGCAAGCAAGAUCACUACAUAACCCUUCAAUUUUGCCUUUUUAUCACCAAUGACAAUGUUACAUUCUAACAACACCAUGCUAUGUGCCAUUCUUACCCUCCAUCCACUGUGUCAGUCUUGUCACCACAGGGCAGGGUGCUGGGCAUCACCCACACAAACCCUUUAACCAAAACAAGCAAGCUGCCCGCAAGUGACCAACCUGACCCUGUCUCUCCUUGCCCCCUCCUCACAUUUCCUCCCAUGACCUGAGUGCAUGAAGCCCUCCCAUCCUCCCAUUACAUGUAUUGUGGUGAGUUUUGAUGUGCUGCAAUAAAUGCAAAAGAAAACCAACCAACACCCCACCCCUCCCAACCACCUUAAGCAGUGUCCAUUCAUCCUUAUACCAUCAACCCCCCCAUCCUCACAGACUGAGUCAUUAACCUUGAUAGCUCAUUUGCCUGUUGGAGUCAUGCCUUAACUGAGUGGUCAGAACGGCUGAGGAACAUUAGAGCUUUGUGCAUUGGUUUGAGCGACUGGGAAGAAAUGUAGGCCUAAUAGUAAAUAACAAAGAAUAAAUAGUUUUUGUGUCUGGUUGUAAAAAACAUUAAAACAACUCCUCUUUUACAUAGAAUGUAUGUGAAACAUUGUUUAUUCCAACUACAGUGCUACAAAAACUGCAGCGUAUUGUCUUACUAAUCAAUACAAUGCAUGUGUGCAUGCUCUUAACAUGUAUAGAAUGUCUCCCCUGCACUGCAUGAGUGCCAUGUAAGCACUUUCCUUUUCCCUUGUCAUCAAACUCUUCCUAAGGCAUGGAGUGUCUUCUACCAUCAUCACCCAUCCAUGUAAUUAACAUCACAGUUGAAUGUCUCUCCUGCUUGGGUUUGACAAUGUGCUAUCUCACCAAAAAAUAUAUGUUUUAUUUGUCACUUGCUUCAUAAACAACAGGUGGAGACUAACAGUGAAAUGCUUACUUACGGGCCCUUCCCAACAAUGCAGAGAGAAAGAAAAUAGAGAAUUAAUAGAAAAUUAAAACACGUAAUAAUAAAUACACAAUGAGUAACGAUAAAUUGGCUAUAUAAACAGGGUACCAGUACAGAGUCGAUGUGCAGGGGUACGAGGUAAUUGAGGUAGAUAUGUACAUAUAACUAGGAAUAAAGUGACGGAUAAUAAACAGUAGCAGCAGUAUGUGAUGAGUCAAAAAAGUUAGUGCAAAAAGGGUCAAUGCAGAUAGUCUGGGUAGCUAUUGGUUAACUAUUUAGCGGCCUUUGGCUUGGAGGUAGAAGCUGUUCAUGGUCCUGUUGAUUGCAGACUUGAUGCAUCGGUACUGCUUGCCAUGCGGUAGCAGAGAGCAGUAUAUGACUUGGAUGGCUGGAGUCUUUGACAACUUCCUCUGACACCGUCUGGUAUGGAGGUCCUGGAUGGCAGGGAGCUCUGCCCCAGUGAUGCACUGAUCUUUUCAACCUCCUGAGGGGGAAGAAGUGUUGUCUUGCCCUCUUCACGAAUGUGUUGGUGUGUGGACCAUGAUAGAUCCUUAGGGAUGUGGACACUGAGGAACUUAAAGCUCUCGACCCGCUCCACUACAGGCCCUGUCGAUGUGAAUGGGGGCGUGCUCAGCCCUCCUUUUCCUGUAGUCCACGAUCAGCUCCUUUGUCUUGCUGACAUUGAGGGAGAGGUUGAUGUCCUGGCACCACACUGCCAGGUCUCUGAGCUCCUCCCUAUAGACUGUCUCAUCGUCGUUGGUAAUCAGGCCUACCACCGCCCUGCGUCGGCAAACUUAAUGAUAGUGUUGGAGUCGUGAGCGGCCACACAGUCGUGGGUGAACAGGGAGUACAGGAGGGGACUUUUUAUUUUUUAGGGGGUAGAUCAGCUUUAAUAUUGCAGAUAGAUUGUAACUUCCAUCAAUGUAAUUGUCUGCAUCACUUCCAAUCCCCAUAUGUUUUUUUUCUCUCGCAAAUAUAUAUAUAUAUAUAUAUAUAUAGUGAGGGAAAAAAGCAUUUGAUCCCCUGCUGAUUUUGUACGUUUGCCCACUGACAAAGACAUGAUCAGUCUAUAAUUUUAAUGGUAGGUUUAUUUGAACAGUGACAGACAGAAUAACAACAAAAAAUUCCAGAAAAACGCAUGUCAAAAGUGUUAUUAAUUGAUUUGCAUUUUAAUGAGGGAAAUAAGUAUUUGACCCCUCUGCAAAACAUGACUUAGUACUUGGUGGCAAAACCCUUGUUGGCAAUCACAGAGGUCAGACGUUUCUUGUAGUUGGCCACCAGGUUUGCACACAUCUCAGGAGGGAUUUUGUUCCACUCCUCUUUGCAGAUCUUCUCCAAGUCAUUAAGGUUUCGAGGCUGAUUAGUUUCGAUUAGUUAUCUUGUUGUUAUUAGUUGUUAUUAGUCCCAUCCUUCAACUCCAUUCAACACCACCCAUCUAUCUCUUAACACCAUCCAUAUUGGAUUUCUAUUUGCCAUAUAUUUUUCAACUGUACUGUGAUGUUUUACAAAAGUUCUUAACCUUUCUAUUCUCAUUGUUUCUACAGGUUGUAAAUUGAAAAUAAAAUGUUUUGCUAAAAGUAUUAUUAUAUUAUUGAUCGAUUGACUAUGACUUUUCAGAUCACCCAGUAAUGCUAUCUGCAGGGUUAGCUCCAGGUAAAUAUUGCAAUCCUUUAGCCAUUCCUGGACCUGUGUCCAAAAACAAGCUACAAAUGGACAGUACCAAAACAAAUGAUCUAAUGAUUCUGUCUCUUCGCAGCAAAAUCUGCAGAGCUGGGAAGAUUGUAUCCCCCAUAUAAAUAACAUUAUAUUGGUAGCAAGAAUUUUACAUAAUAAUUUUAACUUGAAAAAUUCAAAGCUUUGAAUCCGGCGUCGUUUUGCGUAUCAGUUCAUAAACACUAUGCCAUGGGAUCAGUACGUCAAAAAUCUCUUCCCAACUAUUUUGCAAUCUAUAUGGGACUGCUGUCAAUCCUUUGGUCCUUAAAUGAAACUGGUAUACUUUUUUUAAUUAUCACAGUUUUCUUUAACCAAUUAUGUUCUUUAAUGCAAGGCCGACAGACAAGUUCCUUACUUUUUCCCCCCUCCACUUUCCUCUUCCAUUUUUGCGGUAAUGCUGCAAUUGUUUGGUUGUAAUUUUGGGUAGAGCAGACAUUUCCAUAUGUUUUUGUUAGCCGCAUGUGUGACAUAACUCCACCAGUCCUACCAAUGAUAUCAUUUACGAAGAUUAUACCUUUUUUUAACAUUUUGUCAAAAAAAGUUUUUUUAUCAAUUAGUAUAUUUGAGUUUAACCACAAUAUUUGUUGCUAUAUUUGUUCUGUCGUUUCUGGAGGAUUAAAUUGAAAUUGCAACCAACUUUCUAUGGCUUGUUUUAGAAAUAGUGAUAUUUGGGAGAUGAUUUCCUAUUCAAAUAACUGAAAGUGAGAGGUUGUAAUCUGAAUAAAGGGAAAAAGGCCAUUCUUGAACAUUGGGUGAGACAAUCCUACUAAUUUGCUACUGGAGGGGACUUAGCACGGACCCCUUUGGGGCCCCCGUGUCGAGGGUCAGCGUGGCGGAUGUGUUGUUGCCUACCCUCACCACCUGGUGGCGGCCUGUCAGGAAGUCCAGGAUCCAGUUGCAGAGGGAGGUGUUCAGUCCCAGGGUCCUUAGCUUAGUGAUGAGCUUGGAGGGCAAUAUGGUGUUGAAUGCUGAGCUGUAGUCAAUGAACAGCAUUCUCACAUAUUGUAGGUGGGAAAGGGCAGUGUGGAGUGCAAUAGAGAUUGCGUCAUCUGUGGAUCUGUUGGGGCGGUAUGCGAAUUGGAGUGGGUCCAGGGUGUUGUGACCAGCCUUUCAAAGCAUUUCAUGUAGGUAUUACAGACUGGUUCAGGGAGGGGUUGAAAAUGUCAGUGUCACUUGCACAUGCCCUGAGUACGUGUCCUGGUAAUCAGUCUGGCCCAGCAGCCUUGUGAAUGUUAACCUGUUUAAACGUCUUACUCACAUCGGCUACGGAGAGCGUGAUCACACAGUCGUCUGGAACGGCUGGUGCUCUCAUGCAUGGUUCAGUUUUGCUUGCCUCGAGGAGAGCAUGAAAGGCAUUAAGCUCGUCUGGUAGGCUCAUGUCACUGGGCACCUUGCGGCUGGGUUUUCCUUUGUAAUCCGUGAUAGUUUGCAAUUCCUGCCACAUCCAGCGAGCAACAGAGCAGGUGUAGGAGGAUUCGAUCUUUGUCCUGUAUUGACGCUUUGUGUUUGAUGGUUUGUCGGAGGGCGUAGCUUACAAGUUUUUGCUUGUAAGCAGGAAUCAGGAGGCUAGAGUUAUGGUCAGAUUUGACAAAUGUAGGGUGAGGGAGUUUUGUAUGUGUUUCUGUGUGUGGAGUAAAGGUGAUCUAGACUUUUUUUCACCUCUAGUUGCACAGGUGACACGCUGUUUGAAUUGAAUUAAUACAGAUUUCAGUUUUCCUGCAUUAAAAUCACUGGCCACUUGGAGUGCUGCUUCUGGAUGAGCAUUUUCUUGUUUUCCUUAUGGCCCUAUACAACUCAUUGAGUGCAAUCUUAGUGCCAGCAUCGGUUUGUGGUGGUAAACAGACAGCUAUGAAAAAUAUAGAUGAAAACUAUUUUGGUAAAUAGUAUGGUCCACAGCUUAUCAAGAGGUAUUCUAACUCGGGCGAGCAGAACCUCGAGACUUCCUUAAUAUUAUAGAUCGUGCACCAGCUGUUGUUAACAAAGAGCUACCCAAUGCUGCCGUUCUGUCCUGCUGAUUAAACAAUGGCGGAAACAUUAUGUACAAAUAAAUGUAAGAUUACUGCAAAUAUAUAUAUAUAUACAGAUUUUGCAGGUUUUCCUACUUACAAAGCAUGUAGAGGUCUGUAAUUUUUAUCAUAGGUACACUUCAACUGUGAGAGACAGAAUCUAAAACAAAACUCCAGAAAAUCACAUUGUAUGAAUUUUAAGUAAUCCAUUUGCAUUUUAUUGCAUGACAUAAGUAUUUGAUCACCUACCAACCAGUAAGAAUUCCGUCUCUCACAGACCUGUUAGUUUUUCUUUAAGAAGCCCUCCUGUUCUCCACUCAUUGCCUGUAUUACAGUCGGGAAAAAAAGUAUUUAGUCAGCCACCAAUUGUGCAAGUACUCCCACUUAAAAAGACGAGAGAGGCCUGUAAUUUUCAUCAUAGGUACACGUCAACUAUGACAGACAUAUUGAGGGAAAAAAAUCCUGAAAAUCACAUUGUAGGAUUUUUUAUGAAUUUAUUUGCAAAUUAUGAUGGAAAAUAAGUAUUUGGUCAAUAACAAAAGUUUCUUAAUACUUUGUUAUAUACCCUUUGUUGGCAAUGACACAGGUCAAACGUUUUCUGUAAGUCUUCACAAGGUUUUCACACACUGUUGCUGGUAUUUUGGCCCAUUCCUCCAUGCAGAUCUCCUCUAGAGCAGUGAUAUUUUGGGGCUGUCGCUGGGCAACACAGACUUUCAACUCCCUCCAAAGAUUUUCUAUGGGGUUGAGAUCUGGAGUCUGGCUAGGCCACUACAGGACCUUGAAAUGCUUCUUACGAAGCCACUCCUUCGUUGCCCGGGCGGUGUGUUUGGGAUCAUUGUCAUGCUGAAAGACCCAGCCACAUUUAAUCUUCAAUGCCCUUGCUGAUGGAAGGAGGUUUUCACUCAAAAUCUCACGAUACAUGGCCCCAUUCAUUCUUUCCUUUACACGGAUCAGUCGUCCUGGUCCCUUUGCAGAAAAACAGCCCCAAAGCAUGAUGUUUCCACCCCCAUGCUUCACAGUAGGUAUGGUGUUCUUUGGAUGCAACUCAGCAUUCUUUGUCCUCCAAACACGACGAGUUGAGUUUUUACCAAAAAGUUUCAUCUGACCAUAUGACAUUCUCCCAAUCCUCUUCUGGAUCAUCCAAAUGCACCUAGCGAACUUCAGACGGGCCUGGACAUGUACUGGCUUAAGCAGGGGGAUACGUCUAGCACUGCAGGAUUUGAGUCCCUGGCGGCGUAGUGUGUUACUGAUGGUAGGCUUUGUUACUUUGGUCCCAGCUCUCUGCAGGUCAUUCACUAGGUCCCCCCGUGUGGUUCUGGGAUUUUUGCUCACCGUUCUUGUGAUCAUUUUGACCCCACGGGGUGAGAUCUUGCGUGGAGCCCCAGAUCGAGGGAGAUUAUCAGUGGUCUUGUAUGUCUUCCAUUUCCUAAUAAUUGCUCCCACAGUUUCUUCAAACCAAGCUGCUUACCUAUUGCAGAUGCAGUCUUCCCAGCCUGGUGCAGGUCUACAAUUUUGUUUCUGGUGUCCUUUGACAGCUCUUUGGUCUUGGCCAUAGUGGAGUUUGGAGUGUGACUGUUUGAGGUUGUGGACAGGUGUCUUUUAUACUGAUAACAAGUUCAAACAGGUGCCAUUAAUACAGGUACCGAGUGGAGGACAGAGGAGCCUCUUAAAGAAGAAGUUACUGGUCUGUGAGAGCCAGAAAUCUUGCUUGUUUGUAGGUGACCAAAUACUUAUUUUCCACCAUAAUUUGCAAAUAAAUUCAUAAAAAAUCCUACAAUGUGAUUUUCUUGAUUUUUUUUUCUCAAUUUGUCUGUCAUAGUUGACGUGUACCUAUGAUAAAAAUUACAGGCCUCUCUCAUCUUUUUAAGUGGGAGAACAUGCACAAUUGGUGGCUGACUAAAUACUUUUUUUUCCCACUGUAACUGCACCUGUUUGAACUCGUUACCUGUAUAAAAGACACCUGUCCACACACUCAAUCAAACAGACUCCAACCUCUCCACAAUGGCCAAGACCAGAGAGCUGUGUAAGGACAUCAGGGAUAAAAUUGUAGACCUGCACAAGGCUGGGAUGGGCUACAGGACAAUAAGCAAGCAUCUUGGUGAAAAGGCAACAACUGUUGGCGCAAUUAUUAGAAAAUGGAAGAAGUUCAAGAUGACGGUCAAACACCCUCGGUCUGGGGCUCCAUGCAAGAUCUCACCUCGUGGGGCAUCAAUGAUCAUGAGGAAGGUGAGGGAUCAGCCCAGAACUACACGGCAGGACCUGGUCAAUGGCCUGAAGAGAGCUGGGACCACAGUCUCAAAGAAAACCAUUAGUAACACACUACGCCAUCAUGGAUUAAAAUCCUGCAGCGCACGCAAGGUCCCCUUGCUCAAGCCAGCGCAUGUCCAGGCCUGUCUGAAGUUUGCCAAUGACCAUCUGGAUGAUCCAGAGGAGGAAUGGGAGAAGGUCAUGUGGUCUGAUGAGACAAAAAUAGAGCUUUUUGGUCUAAACUCCACUCGCCGUGUUUGGAGGAAGAAGAAGGAUGAGUACAACCCCAAGAACACCAUCCCAACCGUGAAGCAUGGAGGUGGAAACAUCAUUCUUUGGGGAUGCUUUUCUGCAAAGGGGACAGGACGACUGCAACGUAUUGAGGGGAGGAUGGAUGGGGCCAUGUAUCGCGAGAUCUUGGCCAACAACCUCCUUCCCUCAGUAAGAGCAUUGAAGAUGGGUCAUGGCUGGGUCUUCCAGCAUGACAACGACCCGAAACACACAGCCAGGGCAACUAAGGAGUGGCUGCGUAAGAAGCAUCUCAAGGUCCUGGAGUGGCCUAGCCAGUCUCCAGACCUGAACCCAAUAGAAAAUCUUUGGAGGGAGCUGAAAGUCCAUAUUGCCCAGCGACAGCCCCGAAACCUGAAGGAUCUGGAGAAGGUAUGUAUGGAGGAGUGGGCCAAAAUCCCUGCUGCAGUGUGUGCAAACCUGGUCAAGACCUACAGGAAACGUAUGAUCUCAGUAAUUGCAAACAAAGGUUUCUGUACCAAAUAUUAAGUUCUGCUUUUCUGAUGUAUCAAAUACUUAUGUCAUGCAAUAAAAUGCAAAUUAAUUACUUAAAAAUCAUACAAUGUGAUUUUCUGGAUUUUUGUUUUAGAUUCCGUCUCUCACAGUUGAAGUGUACCUAUAAUAAAAAUUACAGACCUCUACAUGCUUUGUAAGUAGGAAAACCUGCAAAAUCGGCAGUGUAUCAACUACUUGUUCUCCCCACUUUUAUAUAUAUAUGGUUCUCUGUAGCUCAAUUGGUAGAGCAUGGCGCAAUAUAUAUAUAUUGCAGAAUUGAUCAGGAUUUUUUUUCUCCAAAUCCUGUCCUGGAGAGCUACUGGGCUUGCUGGCUUUUGUUCCAGCCCUGCACUAAGUACAGGUGAAUAGUUAAUUAUUUGAAACUGAUGUGUUAGUGCUGUGCUGAAACAAAACCCUACAUUACACAUCCAGCAGCUGUCCAACACUGAAGUUGGAGAUCCUUGUCUUGGUCACAUUCUUACACUAAAUUCAACUGUACACUUUUGUCAAAACCAUAUAAUUGUCAAGUCUAGCAAAUCCGAAGCCAACUUUUACUGUCAUUGAUUCCCUGUCCUUUCCUCUUUCUCACUCCGACUCUUUGGCUAUCUGUCACUCUCCCGGUUUGUGUCAAUGUCAGUGUCUUCCUCUGUGUCUUGUCUGUGCACUAAACAAAACCUAGGCUAUUUUAGAAUAAAAGCUGGUGCUGACCUGGCUCAAGUUGCAAUAAUGAUGAUACACUUAUAUGCCACAAAUUCCAUUAUUAUUCACGUGGCACAUUAUGAUCAGUUCUGAUUUGUUACACUGAAAUACAUGUUCUUUAUUCUUCACCACACCCCCCAAAAGCUUGCUGUUGUAUUGUCAGAAUGAAAAUGUUCAUGUCAUUACUUUUUCAUUAUAUUCAAAGACUAUCGAGAAUGGCAGGUGGGAGGUGAGUGCCAUGUGAAAUUGCACUUAUUAUUCUCAUAUAUCUUUGAUAUACAAAAUAAUCUACAAUCUAUUUUCCUCACAUCACAAAUAGAUAAUUGAGUAUGUUACAGCCAAAAGAGUGAUAUUAUAGGCAUAUUCCAUUGCACAUUUUAGCUUAUUUCAAAAUCCAAUAACUGUUUCCUCCUUUAGUGAGCGAACCAGUGGUUGGCAAUCUGUAUGUAUCUAACUUAACGUCCUUGAGUUUCUCCAUCUCCUGGAAUGGCAUUGAGGGAGAGUUUGACGGUUAUGUCCUGGAUAUUAUUGAUUCUAACUGGCUGAGGAAGCCAGAUGAAUAUAGCAUUUCACAGAAUGCAAUGUCCCAAGACAUCACAGGGCUAAGGCCCAGUACUGACUAUAUAGCCUACCUCACUUGGAUUGUCAAGGGAUCGUGAACCCAUGCUCUCAGUAUUUUUGCAUCAAUGGGUAUUUUUUUUGUGAUUAUUUUAUUUCUAAAAGCCAGAGCACAUGAUCACUUUGCUCUAUAUUUAAGCCUACAAUGUUUUAGCACUUAAAUAUUAUAUGAAAACAAAAAUGUUCUGACUCUCAUUGACUUAUUCAUUAUAACCUGGAUCACUUGAAGUGUGUGACACUGGAUUAAAAGGAAAACAGACAAUUGAGGGAAAAAUAGGACAGUAACAUUGUGCCACAAAUUCAUGAAUGAAUGCUGACUUUUCUCUCCUAUGUAGCUGCAGAGCCUGUCCAGGUUAGCUGUUUCUAACAUUACCUCAGACAGACUUUCACUGUCGUGGAGGACGGGGAGAAGGCUUUUGAUAACUUUAUAGUAGAGGUCAUGGGCCGCAUGCUGCCUAGAGAAGCGCGCUCCACAGUUAUGACUGGUCUCAAAGGGAGUACCACCUACGACAUCAAACUGUAUGCCAGCUCCGCUGGACAGUAUACGCAGCCCCUAUUCGCUGUAGCCACCACAGGUAUUGCAACGCAUGCAUCUUUUCCCAUAUGUUUCAUUAUAACGUAUUCGAAUUCCAAAUUAAAAAGCUGUUACUCUUAAAUAGUUCACGAGCAGUCAAACCAAGACUAUGACCAUAAUUAAGAGUUCCAACCAUAGUUCUAAACGGUCAAAAAGAUAACGUCAGAUUUUAUAUCACACUCCUCAUCUCUAUUAAUUGAAAAUCACUAUUAUCUUUGUCCAGAGGCUGUCCCACAGUUGGGCCCAAUAGCUGUGUCGGACAGGCUGGCUACUGGAGGCCCAGGAGUUCACUGUUCCUGGCAAGCAGAGCUUCCUGGACAUCUGGGGCCUGAUCACUGGCAUAGGCUAUGAGGUCAGGCUGACUGGGGUGUCCAGUUCUGGGCUGGUCUCCCGCCCACUGACCACAGCGGCUGUGACUGGUACCACCCACAGAGGCGUCAUGGCCAUUGAAAAUUAG